AUGGAUCACAGAAACAAGACCAGAGUCACUGAAUUCAUUCUGCUGGGGUUUCAGAAUGAGAAAGAUGUAGAAAUUAUCCUAUUUGCUGUAUUUCUGCUUAUGUACUUGACAUCUAUGAUUGGCAACACCACAAUCAUCAUUUUGGUGUGUUAUGACUAUCGUCUACACUCUCCCAUGUAUUUCUUUGUAGCCAACCUUUCCUUCCUUGAGAUCACCAUCACCUCUGCAGUGGUGCCUAAGAUGCUGGCCAACACAUUUUCCCUCACCAAAGCAAUAUCCUUUGUGGGAUGUCUCACACAGUCAUUCUUCUACUUCCUCCUGGGAUCCACAGAAUUCUUCAUCCUGGCUGUCAUGUCCUUUGAUCGAUAUGUUGCCAUCUGCAACCCACUGAGGUAUGCCAUCAUCAUGAACAAACAGACAUGCAUAAUGUUGCUUCUGGGAUCUUAUGUCGGUGCAUUUUUGUCAAUUUUGGUACCAUCAAUCUUAACUGCGCCUCUGCCCUUUUGUGGGCCAAACAUAAUCAAUCACUUCUUCUGUGACAGUGCUCCUGUACUAAGGCUGGUCUGUGCAGACAUCUCUCUGGCUGAGCUGGCUGACUUUAUUUCCUCUGCCGUGUUGCUCUUGGGUUCCUUGCUCCUGACAGGAGUGUCUUACACCUACAUUAUCAUUACUAUCCUUAGAAUUCCCUCUGUCCAGGGACGACAGAAGGCUUUCUCCACCUGUGUUUCACAUAUCACCGUGGUUAUACUUUAUUAUGGGAGCUCCAUCUUUAUUUAUGUCCGCCCCAAAGAGGCCAAUGUGAUGGAUGUUAACAAAUUUGCCACAGUGCUGAACACUGUUGUGACACCAAUGCUGAACCCUUUUAUAUACAGCCUCCGAAAUGAGAAAGUCAGAAAAUCUCUCAGAGAUGAGGAUAACGUGUGGCGAAUGGCCACUCCAGCUUCUCACACCAGGGAGGAUGACGAACCUAGUGGUGAGUUGGGGAAGACGGUGCAUCCCCAGGCACGACCUGUUGUGCACCAGAAAGUGAAAUACGAGCAGCCUGUGGGACUGAGUGGGCAACCAGUGGGCAAUCCACAGAUGGAAAAAUUGGCCUCCAUCAUCAUGCACCUGUCUGUGAGGCAGCAGCUGCAGAAUAGUCACAGAUAUGUACAAGGGCCCGAUAAUCACUCCUUAAUGGAAUGGUGUUCUGGCUGCAGACACUGCACCAGAGUUACUGGGUACGUACAUGCAUUGGCGUGA